AUGUUCUCGAAACGGAGGGCGACCAAGUCCAAGAAGAAAGGCACCAAAGAUGAAAAAGCGAAGGGGCUGCCCCCCUCGGCACUUCCUGCCGCCGGCGCCCGCAAGGCAUCGUUCGGUCUGGAAGAGAAGCUGCUGCACCUAUGGCGCACCCCCAUCACACAGCUCCCCGUCUACAAGGACAUACCACGACUCAUACGGCGGAUAGAAGUGGUCGUGAACGAGCCCGAGGUCGUGGGGUCGCCCAGACAGAGCACCGCGCCACAAGAGACGGAGGUGCGCACGGAAGUGUUCGAGGUGUGGCUCAACACCAACCUGCCAGAAGAUGACGACCGGUUCAGAGCUCGAGCGUGGAGCGAGCAGUGGCGGACAGGGACGCUCUCGAUCGCACUGGAGGACAGGCCAACGCGCACGUCGCACAUACCCUUCGUCGACGUGCGCGAGGACGGUCGCCUCCUGUACUCUGUGCCCAUCUCGCAGGUGUUCACCGUGUCCGACUCGACGCGCUACUUUGUCAUCCAGUCGUUGACCGGUGGCACGGAGGGGUAUGCGGGCGUUGCGUUCAACAUGAGGACGGACAGCACCGCCUUUCUGUCGGCCCUGGAAGAGUACGGGCGAAAGAGGGAAGAGCUCCAGCAAUCGCUCGGCACCAUCACCGCGCCGCCGUCGGUGGACAAGGCCACGCUGCGCUUCCUCAACAACGUCGGCGUAUCGCAGCGCGACCUGCGCUCUCUCAACUAUUCGGCCAUUGAGGCACUCACCACUCGUCUGCGGCGGCGGACCCGGGCCAACAUUCUGUUCCAAUCGACCGAGCACUUCCUCAAGGACGCUGAGAAGAAGGCGCCGGAGGAGAUGGAACUGAGCCAGCUCGAGGUCAUACAGCAAGUCAUCGUCAAGGUCGCUCAGCACAUGGAGGACAAGGCAAAGCUGAAGCAGAUCCAGGAAGGGUUGGAGGAGAUGGUCAGAGCCAACUAUACGGGAGACAUGGAGUUGUCGAUGAGCUCCCUCUUUGCAGAGUCUAUUGGUCAGGACUCGAAAACGGCGCGGGUGUUCAAGAUGAUCAACCAGAGUGUGAUCUUCAUCCCCAUCAUUAUUCUGAAGACUGAGAUCACCAAGUCGCAUGUCAUGACCAAGGACGACACGAGCCCAGACGGCUGGAAGAUACGGAUCGUCAUCGAGCCGGACACGGUCACCAUCACACAUAGUAGGCGAGAGCUGCCGCUCGUUUCGGUCAAGCCCGAUGAAAAGCAGUUCUGGUUCAAGUGGGAACUCGUCAUGGUAUUCGACAGGAAAAUGAACGAUAUGCUCAGCUCCUCGUUGAAGAUCACGGAGCUCCACUUUGACGAGGGACUCAACCCGGCGCUGAGAGAGACGCUGCGCACGAUCCUCAACAACGGCAACAUGGUCAUCGAGUAG